AUGGCAACUUCAUCUACUUUCUUUUCUGAUUAUGGGCUGCUGUGGUAUUUGGAGAAGUUGGACAAAGAAGAGUUCAAAAAAUUUAAGUUUCUCCUAAAUGAUGAGGUUGUGGAACCUGGGCGGCAAAAGAUACCAUGGGGUGAAGUGAAGAAGGCCAGUAAGGAGGACCUGGCUAACCUGAUAAGCAAGUAUUAUCCAGAAAAGAAGGCCUGGAAAGUGACUUUGAAAAUAUUUGACAAGAUUGGCCUGAAGCAUUUGUGUCAGCAAGCAACAGCAGAGAUGAGCUCAAUAGUUCAGACCAUGAAACCAGAGGACACCAUGGAAGUUGAGGGAGGUGAGGAGGCAGUGCUGGGUGAUGGCACAGAAUACAAAAGUCACAUACAAGCCAAGUUCGGCACCAUGAGGAACAAGACUCAUUUGCUUGGAGAACCUGAAGAUUUCUAUCACAAAAUCAUUCAAGAAAAUCAAGAACUCUUGGAACAUUUGUUUGAUGUGGAUGUCAAAACUGGUGAGCACUCACCACUCACAGUGGUGCUACAGGGGCCUGCUGGAAUUGGGAAAACUACCUUGAUGAGAAAGGCAAUGUUAGAGUGGGCAGAGGGCAAUCUCUAUCAGCAGAAAUUUGCAUAUGUUUUCUAUCUCAAUGCAAGAGAAAUUAACAGUAUGAGAGAAAUGAGCUUUGUUCAACUUCUAUCAAAGUACUGGCCUAGCAGAGAAGGCCCUAUUGAAAGGAUCAUGUCCCAGCCAGGUCAGCUCCUUUUUAUUAUUGAUAGUUUUGAUGAACUGGACUUUGCUUUUGAGGAACCGGACUCUGAACUGACCAACAACAGGACACAGGAUCACCCAGUGUCCUUCCUCAUUAGUAGUUUGCUGAGGAAAGCCAUGCUCCCUGAGUCGUCCUUACUGAUAACAACGAAACCCACCACUUACAAGAAACUGAAAUCUUUGUUGAAGAGUCCUCGUUGGGUCGAGCUAGCAGGAAUGUCUAAGGAUGCAAGAAAGGAGUAUAUUUUCCAGUUUUUUGAAGACCCAGAGUGGGCCAUACAAGCAUUCAGGUCAUUAAGAAACAAUGAAAUACUUUUUAACAUAUGCCAAGUCCCUCUACUGUGCAAAGUCAUUUGUACUUGUUUGAAGCAGCAAAUGGAAAAGGGAGCCGAUAUCACUGUGAUCUGCCAGACCACCACAGCUCUGUUUACCUGUUUUAUCUCUAGCUUGUACACACUUGACGAUAUAAGCAGUCCUCCUUUACCCAACCAAUUCCAACUGAAGAAUCUAUGCUACUUGGCUGCCAAGGGAAUAUGGACUAUGACAUAUGUGUUUUACAAGGACAAUUUAAAAAAGCAUGGAUUAAAGCAUGAUGAUAUUUCAGUUUUCCUGAACAUGAAUAUUCUUAAAAAGGAUUUAGAUUAUGAAAAUUGCUAUACAUUCACCUACCUACACGUUCAGCAAUUUUUUGGAGCUAUGUUCUAUGUAGUAAAAGGCAAUUGGCAAGUGAAGGACCUUUCUUAUCAGCCUUUUGAAGACCUAAAUCAGUUCCUUGACAGCGAAGACAUUCAUUUGAGGCAGAUGAAAUACUUUUUGUUUGGCUUGGUGAAUGAAUACAUAAUAAAACAACUGGAGAAGAUAUUUAAAUGUAAAAUGUCACUGGAUCUAAAGUGGGAGUUAAUUGAGUGGGCAGGAAUAUUAGCAAACAGUGGACGUCCUCCAGCAGAGUUGAGAUUACUGGAGUUGUUCUAUUGCUUGUAUGAGACUCAGUAUGAGCCAUUUCUAAUCCAAGUAAUGACCCAUUUCAAAACGGUUGACAUUAAUAUUUGUGAGAAAAUCCAUUUGCAUAUGUCUUCAUUCUGCCUUAAGUACUGCAGCUUUCUACAGACUGUUAAACUGUCUGCAAACAUGGUAGGGGAGGAAAUGCUAAUGUCACCAGAUGAAGCUUGGCAAAUAGAUUGUGAUCACAUUACUCAAUGCUGGCAAAAUUUCUUUUCUGUCCUUCAUACGAAUGAAUUCUUGAGAGAAUUGGAGCUGUUUAAUAGCAACCUGGAUGAAUUGGCAACAAAAAUUCUUUAUGAAGAAUUAAAGCAUCCAAACUGUAAUCUACAAAAACUGCUGUUGAGGUUUGUUUCUUUCCCUGAUAAUUGCAAGAGUGUCUUCAAUGCUUUAACUCAGAGCCCGAAUCUGAUACAUCUGGACCUGAAAGGGAGUGAUAUAGGAGAUAAAGGACUAAAAUUACUAUGUGAAGACUUGAAACACCCAGAGUGUAAACUACAGAAUCUGAGUUUAGAAAAGUGUGGACUCACAGUGGCUGGUUGUGAGUAUCUGGCUUCUGUUCUGAUCAGCAAUAAAAGGCUGAAAUAUUUAUCCUUAGCAGACAAUGCUUUGGGAGAUAGUGGAAUAAAGCUUAUUAGUGGAACCUUAAAACAGCCACAGUGUACUCUACAGAGCCUUGAAUUGACUGGCUGUGCCCUCACCAGUGCAUGUUGCCUAGAUCUUGGUUAUGUUAUUUUGAACAACUCAAACUUGAGAAUCUUGGACCUUGGGAACAAUGACCUACAGGAUAAGGGAGUGAAAAUUCUGUGCGAGGCUUUGAGACAUCCAAACUGCAACAUUCAUCAACUUGGGCUAGAAUACUGUGGUUUGACCUCUCUGUGCUGUCAAGAUCUCUCCUCUAGCCUUAGCAUCAACCAAAGACUGAUAAAAAUAAAUUUGAAACGGAAUGCCUUUGGUUAUGAAGGAAUUAAAAAGUUGUGUGAAGUUUUGAAGUCUCCUGAAUGCAAAUUACAAAUUCUAGGAUUGAAGAAAGAGGAAUUUGAUGAGGCAUCCCAGAAACUGUUGAAGGCUGUGGAAUUGAGCAAUCCAUGCCUAACCAUUACCUUUGACGACAAGAAUGAAGAUGAGUCCUGUGACGGCAUUGUGGAAAUAUUGGAUAAAGGAGUUGGAUUAGCAUGGAACAUUUUGACACUCACGACCUACUAUGCUGGGGUUGAAAUGGCAGCGUCCCCCACCCCCACCCUAACCCGAGGCUACCACGCACCAAUCAGGAGCCCCGAGGAUGAGGUCACCCUGUCGUGCGGCAGCCCGCUCAGAACGCGCUUGCGCAAACGACACGCGGUGACGGCGUCUCAAGGCCAGUAUAUCACUCCUCCUCACGGCCAGUAUCCCAUUCCGAAGCGAGCCGGAUAG